AUGUCCAAUAGUUAUUACAAUGAAAUUUGGCAUUUAUCUCAACAUGAACUGGAACUGCUGGCCAUUGAAGAUUUCCAGCGACAAAAUCAAGAUGUUGAAACGACGAUUGCUGCGCAGGGUGGAACGGAUUUGGUGGUAUUGGAUGAAAGUUCCCGCAAGGCCAUUGUGCAGGCUACCACCUAUGAAUUCUAUCUGAAAUAUAUCUGCAUUGCAAAUCGCCUAGAGGAGGUCUACGACAAGAUGAUCCAGCCGCAAAAACGACAAUUGAUUCGUAACAUUCUGAAUGCUUGUCUGGGCAGGAUAAUUGAAUUGAAACAUGACUUGGUCAAUAUUGACCUGAUGGAGUUCAGUUAUAAUGAUGCGGUAGUCGAACGUCUGAAACUAACACCCAUUGAUACUGAGCUAAGGGUGCCAAGAUAUUUUCUACGCGAACGACGCAAAGAAAUUGAACAGCGUAAUAAAACGAUGCAUGAUAUCCUCGUAAAGCUGGGUUGGGUUGAAGAGAAUCCCGUGGUCGAACAGAUAACGGAAAUUGAAGCUAUUCGUCUCAUUCAAAUGCAUGAGAGAGCUCGUCAGGGCCGCCUAAGGGCGCAUUUUAUGAAAGAAAUCCGAAUGCUCAAGGAGAAGGGGAAAAAUGAGGAAAAAGAUAAAGAUCGGAAUGAUGCUGGGCUAUUGGCUGCCAUGAAAAUACAAAAGAUGUGGAGGGGUCAUACGGAUCGUCGUAAGACAAGACGUCGUAAAUUGGAUGAAAUGAUUUUGAUUGGAAUGGUACCACCACCACCAUCGGUGCUGAAGGCCCGGGCCGAGAAGGUGGAAAAACUGAAUGAGAUCUACGAACGUCGCUAUGCCACCCAAGAAGCCUUCCAACAACACUAUGAAUCCACAUUGGAAUUGGUACGUGAAGAAAUCCGUACCAAACAUGGACCGAAUAUGACCGAGGAUAUUGCCGAUGAAAUUCGUGCCUGGAUUAAAGAUUGUUAUGAAAAAACGGGAAAACUACCAGAAUUCCCAACCGAAGAUCAAGGUGGUUCAUUGCAUAUCUUUAGUAGGCCGGGUACAGAAAGUGAGGUAAGCCGAUCAUCGGCCAGAUCAUCUAAAGAAUCACGAAAAACGAAAGAUAAAUCAAAAUCACCAGCACGCAGUGGUGAUUUGAAUGUCAAUGAAAAUCCCGACGAAGAGGGUGGAGGUUUGCAGCCGGCACAAUCGAUGUGUUUGCCAGAUAUACGAGCGGAAAUUGAAAGAUUCAAUGAGGUCUGGCGGGAAAAAGAUGAAUCGGGCAAUAUGAGACAGAGUCAUUAUUACGAUAUGAUUUAUGCCGAAAAAUACGAUGAAGUAGAAAAAGAAUUUCGAAAGGUGGUCGAUGAUGUUAUGCGGCAAGAAUUGGAGCUACUACAGACUGCCAUCGGAAAGAAGGCCAAGAAAAAUAAUAAAAAGGCACGGCGAUCCGGUAAGAAAAGUAAAAAGAAAAAGGAGAAGGAUUUAACACCCGAUCGUACCACCGAAUCAUUGUAUGAAGAACUGGUUACAAAUGGCAUUAUAAGGAAAUAUCCCGAAACAAGGUUGAAUCAAUUUCUUGGCGACAAAGCCAUUACCGCUCGUGAUGGUAUAAAACCCUCACCCGGUGAUAUACGUCAAAUAUUAACCGAAUAUUGUAUCCUACCAUUGGGUUCGGAACAAAUACACAAUUCAUGCCCGCUAAUACGUUCGAUAUUGUUGGUGGGUCCCAAAGGAUCGGGAAAGAAGACUUUACUGCAUGCCAUUUGCACGGAGGUCGGUGCAGUGCUUUUUGAUCUAACUCCGGCAAAUAUUGUCGGAAAAUAUCCUGGUAAAUCGGGUUUGAUAAUGCUGAUCCACUUGGUCCUGAAGGUAUCAAGAUUAUUACAACCUGCUGUCAUCUAUAUGGGUGAUGCCGAGAAACCAUUCAUGAAGAAAAUACCCAAAACGGAUCGUACUGAUCCGAAACGUUUAAAAAAAGAUUUACCAAAGUUAAUACGAAAUAUAGCUCCUGAAGAUCGGGUGCUGUUUAUUGGCACGUCAAAUUUACCUUGGGAAGCAGAUCAAAAGCUGUUACAACAAACCUAUAAUCGUUUUAUUUAUAUACCAAGGCCGGAUUAUGGUGCGCUGUCGCAUGCUUGGAAGACACUUUUAAGUGAAUAUUCUGGUGGCUUAUCAAAUUUAGAUUGCAGCGUUAUGGCAAAAAUUUCCGAUGGCUAUACGAUUGGAGCGGUUAAUGCCUGUCUCAAAGAAGUACUGACAUGUAAACGUAAAUUACAGUUGCGAUCUCAACCGCUGACCCAUGCGGAAUUAAUAAAUGUUUUGUGCACCCGGGAUCCAGUCUAUCGUGAAGAAGAGGAAGCCUAUGAAUCGUGGUGGGCAAAAACUCCAUUGGGGCGGCGUAGACAAAAACUAUUGGAAAUCGAAGAAGAGGCACGUUUAGAGGAACAGGCCUUGGCUGCCAAACAGGGCAAUGGAAAGAAGAAAACUUAA